UAGCUACCGCAGAACAACUUGUUUGGUUCAUGAUGUUUGUCUGGCUUUGUGUUGUCGUUUGUGCUUUGACCGGUCGCUUUGUAACUGAACAACAGCCGUUGCUCGGUGUCCCACAAAAAGUCCCGGUGAACGACCCUGAGGUUUUAGAUGCAGCACGGUUUGCUGUGGCUGAAUUCAACAAAGCCAACACAGAAGACAUGUUUGAUUACGAAAUUGUGAAAAUAACAUCUGCUGAAAUUCAGAGUAUUCGAGCAUUUAUUCCAGCAUUUAACUACAUCCUGGAAAUGCACCUGCGAUGUACAACAACCAAGAAAGGCAACACUGCUAACGAUUCAUGUGAUUUCCACUGUGAACCCAAGGAACUCAAGUGCCACUUCACGGUUUAUUACUCUUUGCAACAUCCAAGUGCACUUUCUCAAAACAAGUGUGAAUCCUUUGUCAACCACUGAUUCUGACAUGAAAUAAACUUAUUGAAUUGUG